UUUUGCCGUGGUUGCUUCUCGGUUGCUGAACUGACUGUGAAAUCCAACGAGUUCCACCGAGUAGAAUCGAUAGACCCUCAAGGCCUUGCACUGCAGUGCCAUACACUGGUAAAAAAGGUGAGCGGAGUAUUCAUUCGAACGAUUGGACAUGUCGUGGUUUAGUAGCCGUCGCGCCAAGCCAGCCAAAGAGAGCGCGUUCAAUACCGACGACAAACCACAAAAUGCUUUUGGAGGAUUCGGCGCCGUGGCGCACUUUGACGACGGUCCCUUGCGAGACCCUCGGAUGGCCAACGACUUUCUCGAAAGGGGAACGAAAAACGAAAAUAUUCAUACGCAUUCGGACACCAGUAGCGACGGUGACGACGCUGGUUCCGAGGCAGAGUCGGGUUCUCUCAGCGACGAUUCCUUCGUAGGAGGUCCGCUCAUGUACGAGUCAACGUGUUCCGACGAUUCUAUCACUGUAGACACUGCCGAUCCAGAUUCUCAGGAUUGGAAUCUACGAAAAGCCAAUAACUUUCUGCAGGAUUUUUACGACAAGGAGGACCUGGAACGGGUGUCGCAAGAACAGCACCGUUUAAGGUCGACUGACGACGAGAACGAUGCAGAAUCGGCAUCGUCUUCCGACCAGUCUUCGGAAGAAGGCGAGUCCGAUUCGGAAACGCUAGAAAAAUCCCACUCUCCUCUGCAUAAAACAUGUAAAGAUGCCGAUAUUUGUCACGAAGACCAGGAUCUGGGUACGGCCAAAAUAGACACUGCUACUACCUUAUCAAGCCACGAUGCAGAAAAAUUUCCGAUAGCCCCGGAAAGCUUUGACGAGGGAUAUGGCGCGGAGCAUGAUGGCUAUGAUGUUGCUCCCAACGAGUCCCAGAUACAUGAAUGUUCUGAAACAGAGACGAGUUCGCAGCAUGUAGUUGUCCACGAUUUUUCUACAGCAAGCGCCUUGAGACCGGCUGUAGCUGAAGCAAGGUCUUUCCGCAACCUUGACAACUCACAUAGCGAUGUCAAUCUUGACGCGACAGCUUCUUUCACAACUAGCCUCCAGGAAUCAUCCACUGGUAGCGAAACUUUUGAUAGGAUGGAUCCGAAAAUUGAUGCUUCCAAACUGGGCUGCGAUAGCGCUAGCUUAGAUCACGAAGCAACUUUUGGCUCUGGAAACGACCGCGAUCCAUCGCGGCACAUGCGAGGAGACUUUCAGGGGGCAUCGGCUGUUGAUAGCGCUUAUGGCAGCUUGAGCGACGGAUCUCACAAUAGUAAAUGCAAUCGAGGUAAUCAUUCCGGGUCUGGCUUGGGCGAAAUGUUUGGUGUUGGAAAUGCGCUCGCCGCGAACGGUGGCUUUGGAGUUUCUCGUUGCGAUGAAGACAAAGAAACUUCCUCCAAUGAUUCAAGCUCUGAUCUCUUGGUCUCUGGGAAUUCACCUGUCCACAAUAAGCAUCGACAUGAAGCUGACUCGAGUUUAGAACUUGAUGCACUAGACUGUGGCGGUAGUAGAGGCGAUAUUUAUCCAAAUCAAAAUGAACUUUUCUCUCUCGAAAGAAGGGAAGCCGAAUCCAGAGAAGUAAGCGAGUCAACCACUCCAUUGCAAACUGAACAUUCAGAAAAGAAGGUGGUAUCCACCUUCCACGAAGAAUAUGUUGUCAACAUACACGACGUUCGUGUUGCGCUGGAUUCCGAGAAUGAAUUACCUUCGAAAGAUCCACUAAACGACCAGGAUAAGCCUGAUAAAGGCAACACUGAUUGCGUACCUACUGCCAUCGUACAAGAUAGAUUCUCGGACAAGCAUUCGUCUGCAGAAAUUGAAAGUCUUCUGUGCUCUGGUGAUGAAAGUACGGGUGAUGGUUUGUUGGGAGAGAGAUCGUCUUCCCAUUCCUCGUCGGAACCUCGAAAGUCAUGCGAUCAAUCACUACAAGGAGAGAAAGAAAUCUUUAUUGACGCUAGUCGGGAGCACAUCUGUUCUGAUGGUAACUUUCAACAAGAUAGGCAAGCUUUGUAUAUCACGAAUUGCGUUGAAUGCUCUGAGGAUGGAGUUCCUUUCUCAGGCCGAUUCCAAUCGUGUCUAUCUCAAUGGAAGAAGCAAUCAAGUCCUCCUCAGUCUAAUCGGUCAGGACGUGGUCUACGAGCAUUUGAUGUACUUGAAGAGAUUCCAUUGAAAGAUGGUCGUAUUGAGUCGUUUUCCUUGAGAGGUUCCGAUGGUCUUCAUGAUUCCCCAAAUACUCGUUCAGGAUCGGCUGCAACCAGUUGCUUCCAUCCUUGUCAUAGGCGACAGGAAUCAGGUGGUAUGGAAAGCGAAGUUAAGCGGUCUUGCGUUUUCCAAGACCAUUCAGACAAUUGUCAUGAUGCCUCCACUUCUCAUCUAUCUCGAGACGAAGACGAAAGUUCGCGACCAGAGGAGGAAGGUUUCGUUCCAAGAGGACUCGUGGAUGAUGACGACGACGAAUGCAAAUCAGAUGACUCAAAUGUUGACUACGUCAAUAGUCCAACGACUGCUUUUGAGGAUGAUAUUUACGCUAGCCGAUCAGGUGAUUUUGAAAGGGAAUCAUUUAUGUCAGCUGCGCCUGCUGUGGAAUCCUCUCGAAGGACAGAUCUUUCUCCAGCAAUGGAGAAAAGGAGCAACUCCUUAAACGCAGUUGUCGCACCGGAUACUGCACGCCUCCCUGCAUUGCAGACUAGAUCAGAACAACGUAGUCAGCAAAAAGGCGCCUCCGCAGAAGAUCCCCCUGAAUCUGACCGUGAUACGAAAUCUUCAAAAUCUUGUGUUUCGUCGGGACUAGUGAGCACUUCGAAUAGUUGUUUGUCAGAACGUUCGCCGGUCUUGGAGGCUGGCUCUGGCUGGAAGCAUUCCAGCAUCUCAGCUAGAGAAGUUAUUUCUGAAAGGAACGAAACGAUUGCUUCGUCUCACCUUACCAACCACCAAAAAACCGACCUUUCCUUUAAAAGCUCGUUUGUUGCAGUUGAGGAAGCGAAUUGUGAGGCGAGGUCAACACGAGAGUCGAAGGCUGAGCAGGAUAAACGAAAGCAAAGCCCGGAAGACCAUCCUUCUGAAAAUGAAAGCGAAGACGUAUGGUAUAGCCAAAGUAAAUCUCUGUCCGGCCAACAGAAAGGGUUUUUUGGCUUAUUUGUUGAGAAGGAUGAGAGCUCAUCACAGAGCGCGGCAGCCUGCAGCACAAAGAACGAAAAUCUUGAGUUAGCAAGAAAGCUACUUGCCAGUGGUUUCGACGACGAUGUCUCAGACAGCAACAACAACACAAACGACUACUCCGAAAUAAAUAACUUCCGGGGAUUGGUGGGAAGUAAGAAAUUAGGAGGUGACUUACAUGUUGACGACGAUCGAUCAUCCUGCGAUCAAUUUGAACCACUUUUCCGGAGGAACGAACACCCCUUGAAAGGAAGGUACCCGGUGGAUACCAGGCUCGAAAGUAGUUCAAAUUCUUCUUCCGGUUCACAAUUGAAAGUCGACCGAUUGGAAUCACUCAAAACACUGACUCCAAGGAAUGAAUCAAAUGGUAGAGAACCGAAGAAACGUCUGACAUUGGCAGACGAAUUAGGCAUCGAAGGGUUUGACGACAGGGAAACCGCUGAGGUGACCGCACAAGACCUAACCAGCGACAAUUUAGAAAGUAGCUGCGCAUCUCCUCACGAUGAACACACAGCUGGAGAGACAAAGAGAGUUCUUUUUCGCGAUCAAGACGACCAAGAAGCGAACUCUUUCGACUCUACCUCCACCUCCUCUGAAGAUUCCGAUUCCGACUGCGGCGACGAAAACGAUGCUAAAAUACAGUACUCAGCUACCGUUGUAGUAAAAGAGGCACCACUUCUACGACUUCAAAAUUGCACUUCGGUUACACGUAGUCAUAUCGCCGAAAAGAAGGUCAGCCAGAAACUCAAUGGCAAACGAUGGGGCUGGUUUAAAUUCGGAAAGAGCAAAGAUAGCCAAACAUCAUCGCACGACUUCGUAGAAAAUGAGCAAUCGCAUGCAGAUCUCGAAGCGGAGGCAACUGCCGAGUCCAAGAGCGACGAAAAGGAUGGGGCAAAAUUGAAUGCAAGUUCACCUCCGUUAAAGAAAAAUUCUGAACAUGGAACCAACGACGACGACAAUAGCAAUCUAAGUCAACCUUUGCACACCAAUGCACCAGAACACCCAUCACAAGCGAGUCAAAGCUCGGUAGCAACUGCAAGUACACGUGGAAGUGCUGAUCAAAAAAGUGUAAAACCCGUCGCCGACUUUUUCAAGCCUGACGAUCCAACAACUACUUUCUUUCAAAGCCAAACAGAUUCAUCCAAAUCAUCGAUGCUACACAAACCUACGUGGAAGGACGAAGACAGUGUAGUUUCAAAAAUUUCUGCAGCAAAAUCCACGUCCAAUGCAACUAAUACUAGCGAGGCGACACCGUCUUCUGACGAGCCUGUGAUUGCAGAUGUGGCUGUGAUACACAAUCCCGAGGUAGAUGCAAAAGUAAUCGGACAAAAGAGGAAGAAGGAAAGAAAAUCGAAGAAGCAGAAGAAAACAGGCCUUUCGGCGCAUUUCGGAAAUGCUCGUAAAGUCAAUCGGCACGGGGACGAAGUCAGCGUCGGAACUAUGAAUUUCAAGACAAAAGCAAUAGAGCAUCAGCAUGUUGUAUUGUCGCAGACCAAUUUCGACGAUUUUGUUGAGUCGGUAUCCCAGCGGCGUCCAUGGGAGACGGCGCUGAAAAGGAAUAGAAAGCAACCCGCAAAAUCAUUAGGAGUGAAUUGCGUGAUUCCCGAGGGUGAUGAAGACGAGGAGGACUUGACAGAUGCAGAAAGUGUCACGGGUCUCCUUCGAAUGGAAAAAGAAAUUCCCAGUCUCUUGGAAACCGGUAGUAGCCAAAACGCAAAGCCUAGCGAAAUAGUUUCUAUGGUAGAGCUGAGGAAAAUAUCAUACGCGUCUGAUGACAUAUCGGCUUCGAAAGGCAGACUUCUGAGUUCCGACAAUGAAAGUGACUACGACGAAGAAACAAUGGAUGUCUUAGCUGAUAUGAUGUCGCUGAGCGAGUUAGAAAGCAAGUUGUUGGAAUACGGAGACUGCAAAGAAAUUGACUUUGAAGACAUGUGGGACGAGGUUUCAGCCGAUUUGUCAACCGCCGUGGAAUUCGAAAGGAAGAAGCGUCAAAGAGAUCGCCGAACCUUCAAAAAAGCCAUGCACCGGCUCAAGAAGAAUGAAGAAAAGCACGAAAAGAAGAACAAGCGACUCAGACUCUUCGAACAGAGCCUGAGUACGGAGGGGAAUCCUAAAAAUGCGAAAGCAUCAUUUUCAUCAGAGUUUCUAACUGCUCUCCAACAAGUGUUUGAAGAUAGCAUAUCGUCCGAAGAUGAAGGCCUGUCUUCUGGCAAAGGCAACUCCUAUAUUGAAGUGGAAGACGGGGCGUCUGCUCUCAAAAAUGACAACAACGUUUCCUCUGAAACGAAAAAAUCGAUUUUGCAAAAGUCUCGGCCAGAGAAGAAAUCCAGGAGGGUAGACAAUCUUUGCAACACCAUUUAUACAGAGGAUGAAGAACGCAAUCCCGGUACCGUUGGUGAUACCAUCUCAUCCAGCGGUAGCAGUUUCCUAGAAGCCAGCAGAAAGUCUGGACUGUCUUCGACUGGUACAAACUGCACAAGCUUGAAAGCCUCCAGUCUAAAAAGCAAGACCACAAAAUCAAAAGCUUCUCGCACACAUAAAAUCAAUCCAGCCGAAAUUUUCCAAGUAGAGCUCAAGCGACAACAAGCUGCCAAAAUUUUGUCCAUAUCCAACUUGCGGCAGGAAAUGUAUGACCGACGUGGAGUUUCGCCAGAUCUACUCAAACGGGAAUAUGACCAACACCGGCGCCAGUGCCUGGCCAAACGAAAUGAGUCCGACAAGCAGCUGCAACGUAGCAGUAUUGACAAUGCGCAAAAGAUUAACCUACAGGCUCGCACAGUGGAAUUUGGCAAACCAGAAUCCGCUUCCGAUGUUUUUGUAGACAAGACCAGGUACCAAAAUGAGGGUGAAUUCAUAGACGCGAGCCGUGGCCACGGUCAUCCGCAACCCCUGCGGUCUCGCUGGGAUUCGAGUGAAUCAGUCAGCGAACUUGAUGAUUUGCGGACCGUUAUGGAGUCGCCACCGACCAGCCGCCCCAGUCGCGUCAUAGAGGGUGCAUCGGGAUUGGCUAACGGAGCGCUCAACACAAGCAAUGACAUCUUCGUAUUCGCAUCGAACGCAGCGCACAAGUCGAUGGGCGUGGCGUCGAAUGUCACCCAUGGAACCGUGGGUGCCGCAUCUAGUGCGUUGCGGGUAGUGUCGACGAGGGCCGAAAACGCGGCAAUUCAUUUGCCCAAUUUCGCAACGUUGUCGGAAGUUGGUGGCAUGCCCUUCCGUGCAAGUUUUGACGACAUGCCAUUGACAACGAUCGGGGAAGUUGAAGACUACGAAGAUGAAAAUGAGCAAGGGUUACUGGGAGCUUCCAGCGACGACAAGUGGGACGAUGCCACUUUGGGUUCUAAGUCUUAUGUAUCGAGGUCGAGCAAAUUCUCUCUCGGCGCAAAGCUCCCCAAAGUGGAUCUAAAGAUCCCGAAAGUCGGCCUCAGCGUUGGCGCCGGCCUCAAGAAGAUGAAACAGAUAUUGCCCAGGAUGAGCAAAGAUCGACAAGGUUCAAACGGAAUGAUGAUGGGAGACGAUGGCCACGGACUUUUGGGUUAG